ACACGUGGCUCCUUAGGCUCGCCCCUUCCUCUGGUGGCCGCACCUUCCCGGGUGCGGUUGUGGCGAAGGCUUAGAUUCGGGUGGCGUUGUGAGGCAGAGACGACCCUGCUAGACGUGACUUUGGUUUUGUUUAUUUCAUACUUUAUUUUAGGCAAAGGUUGAUUUGGCCUUUGGAAUUAGGCUGGAGGGGAAUCUAGGGAAUUUUUCAGGAAAUCUCAAGUUUGUGUCGGUUCUCGGUGUGCUGAAGGGGACCGACGUUACUGGAAAAUUUGAGGAUAUGUGGUGUUUGGUAGCAAGAAAUACAAGACCAUGCUCUGGUCGUUAAGUAAACUACUGGAAAGUUAGCUUUACAACCAGGAGGGAAGACACGGGAUGGACCUUCUAGCAAUGUUUUUUACUUGGAGAGAAGUGUUUAGUGCGUUCCCGGCCCGCUCUGCCCGGAGCUGAUCACUUCCCUCGGGCGGCCGUUCGGGGUUGGGGUUGUGAGGGGUUGAUGUUUUCUUUUUUAAAUGGGGGAAGCACAUUCCUUACUGAUUCCCCAAACUUAAGUCUGCAGGCGAGAUUUAAGAGGAUAGAUUUCUUCUUCUUUUCCUUAAAGAGUUUGCUUAGCUUAAUGCUGAGUUUCGGUCUGUAGGAAUGUUUUUUAAAUACUGACAGGAUGGGGCAGGUUUGUGAGCAGCAAAAUCCAAGUGAGGUAUUUACCAGUAUUGCAGGAAAAGCCGGCAGUGACAGGGAAAAAGUGGCUCUAUAAAUAAUUCGAUAAUGAAGAAAAACCUGGUUUCUGGAAUGUAGAUUGCUUGAAACGGAGGCUUAGCAGUGAGCAGUCUCUGCUGUUUCCAAUUCUUACUAGCCGCUUCCUUGGGCAAGUCACAACCUCUCUGAUGUCAGUCUGCUUCCUUUUGUAAAUAGUUUCAUGAUAUUGUCCCUGCCUGAAGAGAUUGUCAGGAGAAUCAAAUGCUUUGUGUUAGUAAAGUUAUUUAUAAUCUUUACCAACACGACAAAUAGAGAAAUUGCCAAGUAGUAACGGUUUUGUAACAGCUUAUUUUAUAAGGUUUCCAGUAAUUAUCUGCAGUAUUCGCCAUGACCCCAGCUCUGAGGGAGGCAGCAGCAGCAGCAAAGGGUAUCUGCUUUUCAUCUUUACCAAGUACCAUGGAGUCUGACAAGAUGCUGUGCAUGGAAAGUCCAAGAGCUGUAGAUGAUGAAAAGCUACAGGGAGAUAAUUUCUCUCAGAUACUGGGAUUUCCAACUCCCGAACCUACAUUUAACACUAAUUUUGUGAAUUUAAAACAUUUUGGCUCCCCUCAGUCUUCAGAACAUUAUCAGACACUUCUUCUAAUGAGUUCUAAUUCUACAUUAAGUAAAUACAAUGAGAAUUAUAAACAAAAGAAAUGUGGGGAACCCAAUUGUAAUAAACUGAAAAAUGUAUUGUGUAAUGGCAGCAACAUUCAGCUCAGUAAAAUCUGUCAUUCUCAUUCUGAAGAGUUCAUCAAAAAGGAAGAUACUGCAAGCCAGUGCAUGACAGAUGUACAAAUUAUUUUGGAUUCGAAUAAAACCAAAGACACUAAUGUAGAUAAAAUACAACUGCAAAGCUGUAAAUGCCAAACAAAUGCACUUUGGGAUAAACUUACUGAUGCUGAGAUUAAAAAGGGUGUAUUGCACUGUGCUCAAAAGAAUAUUGGGCCUGGCCACUUAAAUGUGCCUAUUUGUUCCUCAGCUGCUGAAAAAGAGGAGGAAGUGAAUGCUCGUUUACUUCAUUGUGUAAGCAAACAGAAAAUCUUACUUAGCCAGGCUAGAAGAACUCAGAAACAUUUGCAGAUGCUCCUGGCAAAGCAUGUUGUUAAGCACUAUGGUCAGCAAAUGAAAUUUUCUAUGAAACAUCAACUCCCCAAAAUGAAGACCUUUCAUGAACCUACUACGAUUUUGGAUAACAGUUUACCUAAGUGCACUGAAAUUAAGCCAGAUGUCAACAUGUUGACUGCAGAGAAUAGACUGUGGGAUAAUACAAAAAAUGGCUUUGCACGGCGUACAGCUGCAGAAAUUCAAAGAUUUGCACUGUCUGCUACAGGACUAUUGUCUCAUGUUGAAGAGGGUCUGGAUUCUGAUGCAACUGAUAGCAGCUCUGAUGAUGACUUGGAUGAAUAUACCAUUAGGAAAAAUGUGGCAGUUAACUGUGGUACUGAAUGGAAGUGGCUUGUAGAUAGAGCAAGAGUUGGCAGCCGAUGGACGUGGCUUCAAGCCCAGAUUUCAGAGCUAGAAUACAAAAUCCAACAACUAACGGAUAUUCACAGGCAGAUUCGUGCCUCUAAGGGGAUAGUGAUCCUAGAAGAAUGUCAACUCCCAAAAGAUAUUUUGAAAAGACAAAUACAAUUUUCAAACCAAGCAGUUUCAUUAAACACUACAAGGAAUCCCCAGAUUCCUCAAGAGAGUCAAGAUCCUUUACCAGAACAAGAUUAUGAAAUGUCACCAAGUAGCCCUACACUACUUCUUCGCAACAUAGAAAAACAGAGUGCAGAGUUGACUGAGAUCAUCAACAGUUUGGUUGUACCUCUCACGUUGUCCCCAGCUUCAUCACCCAUCUCCUCCAAAUCCUGUAGCCAUAAAUGUUUGGCUAAUGGCAUUUGCAGGAGUGCUUCAGAGAAUUUAGAUGAGCUCUCUUCUUCCAGUAGCUGGUUACUUAACCAGAAGCACAAUAAGAAAAGGAGAAAAGACAGGACAAGAUUGAAAACUCCAUCUUUGACUAUCACGAGUACAGCAGCUCGAACAAGGCCACUUCAGAGUUUCCACAAACGAAAACUCUACAGAUUGAGCCCUACUUUUUAUUGGACUCCACAGACUUUACCUUCAAAAGAAACGUUUUUAAAUACUACAGAAACGCCUUGCCUACAAUCAGCUUCAAUUUGGACUGACUGUGAACACAAUUCAAAGUCUCAAAUGUUAAGAGAACAUGUAUCAGAGUUAGAUUCUUCUUUCCAUUCUGUUCUAUCAUUGCCAUCAGAUAUGCCUCUUCAUUUUCACUUGGAAACAUUGUUAAGAACAAGUGAAAUAAAAGGAGAUCUUACUGAAAAUAAAUGUGUAGGAGAUUGUAUCAUAUCUCGACCACCUGGUAUGUCAUUUACAAAUCUCAUACUCAUAUGUUUUACAUCUUUCAUAUACUUAUUUUUGCCUUCCAAGGAAAUAAAAUUUAACAAGGGAAUAAAUUUAAAUCUGUACUUUUUAGUGUUUACUUUUCACAAAUCACACACACACACAGAAAAUACACAGGUGAAACCCUAAUAAGAAAUGUAUAAUAUUUAUUGAAUGAAAAUGAUACAAUUGAUAUUGAUAAAUAAAAAGUAUUUAAGUAAAUGUAGAUAAACAGCAUUCCUGGAUGGUAAGAUUAAUAAGGAUAUCAACUUUUCCUCUUGGUUUAUAUGUUUAAUGCAAUGUAAC